AUGGCUCCUGCACAUCCUCCCGAGAACUGGGGAACCCCGCUUGGAAGGUCCAGGAGCCAAGGCUGGACCAGGGCCGAGCGGCUGGACGAUGCUCUACCAGAGCGCUAUUCCGAUUACGAGGAAAUCUUUCUGAAGGGCAUCUUCCCGUGGACCCACGAUAUCGAGCCGGUGGGGAACCCAGUCUCCAGCCGAGCACUCUUUCAGAAGGAUCCCAGGCCAGUCAGUGUUGUUCUAGAGGCGCAGCUAACCUCUCCCAAGACACCACUGCCUGAAGUGCAACACUGGGAUGUGCUUGGCGGGCCUACCCUUGACAUCGACAACACAUAUUACCUGCUGGCUCUCAUGAGCCACACGCCGACACACUUGCCGGUAAACUACAGCCCAGCACCGCCAUCCGCACCAGUGCAGGCUGCUGCGGCUGCUCUGCAGACUUUUCCCAGCUCCCACUGGAGCUUCCCGCAGCCGGCACCCUCUGUCACGCUGCCACCCGCCGCGCAGCUGAAGGCUCACGGCCCGACCACGCCUGCAUACGCCAUGACCGCUGGUGCCAAGGGGCCGGGCAUCAUGAAGCCGCGGGCUCCAAGGAAGAAGGCGGCGGAGAAGCUGACAGCAGCUAGCAAGGGGGUGGCGAAGAAGUCCAACUUCAAGGGCGUGACCUGGCACAGUUACAACCGCCGCUGGCGCAGCAGCCUCCCAAUCGGCAACAAUUCGAGUCCGCACAUCCGCUACGCCUCCACUGAGCUGGAGGCAGCCCGAGACUAUGAUGAGCUGGUCAUCGCCAUCAAGGGCCCAGAGGAGUUCACCAACUUCCAGCGUGACACCUACCCGGUCAGACACCCUGAACCUCCCUGGAAAAUCCCCCUUUCACUGUCAAAGCCCCUUGCCACGGUGGUUGCAGUGAUAUUGUCAGUGUUAGUGGCGGCUGCGGCGGCUGUCUUCGUAUAUUAA